AUUUCUGAUUAACUACUGGAGACAUCUUUCUCCUCGCGCUCGCUCACUCAUUGAGACCACGGUACUACUGUCGGCCGAGUACUCCCCCAUUUCCCCCAUUUCCCCCUUUCCUUUCCAUCUACUGUAAAACAAAGGACUCUGUAAUACUCCCCAGUGGCCCCCCUCCCCCACUUCUCGGAAGCCGGAAAAUGAGAAAGGAAGGGCCACCGGCGGCGGCCAAUAACGUCGCCAAGAUAUCCCUGUGUUUCGAAACCAAGCCCUUGGUGGCCACAUUGCUUGCCCUCACCCUUGUUAUGGUCAUCUGGAACCUCCAACCUUACUACGACAACAUCCUCUCCUCCUCCACCAGACCCUGCUCCUCCCCUUCCCCUCCCCUACCCACAUCCCUCCCAAUUACUACAACCUCCUUAGCAGCAGCCCAAAACACCAACAAGAAGCUCCAUACCGCCCCCAAGACCAAGACCCAAGUCGACCCAAACAAGCGUCUCUUCUCCGCCUACGGCAAUGCAGCCGCGCUCUUCGUCCAAAUGGGGGCUUACCGCGGCGGCCCACAAACAUUCGCCGUCGUGGGCCUGGCCUCCAAGCCCAUCCACGUCUACGGCCGCCCCUGGUACAAAUGCAAAUGGAUCUCUAACAACGGUACAGCCACUAGGGCCAAAUCCUACAAGAUGCUCCCCGAUUGGGGCUACGGCCGUGUCUACACCGUCGUAGUCGUCAACUGCACCUUCAAUGCUAACCCAAACCAGAACAACUCCGGAGGGAAGCUGGUCCUCUACGCCUACUACGGGGAAUCGCAGAAGAGGUACGAGAAGAUCAUUGCCUUGGAAGAAGCACCUGGGUCGUACGACGAGUCCAAGUACAGGCCGCCCUACAAGUACGAGUAUUUGUACUGUGGGUCGUCCUUGUACGGGAAUUUGAGCGCGGCGAGGGUGAGGGAGUGGAUGGCGUACCACGCGUGGUUUUUCGGGGAGAGAUCGCAUUUCGUGUUCCACGACGCCGGAGGAGUGUCGGCGGAGGUGAAGUCGGUGCUGGAGCCGUGGGAGAGGGCUGGGAGGGUCACGAUUCAGGACAUUAAGGAGCAGGAUGAUUACGAUGGGUACUAUUACAAUCAGUUCCUGGUAGUCAACGAUUGCCUCCACCGUUACCGACACGCUGCCAAUUGGACAUUCUUUUUCGAUGUGGACGAGUAUAUCUACUUACCUGAUGGGAAUACUCUGGAAUCUGUUUUGAACGAGUUUGGGAAUAAUAAUACUCAGUUUACGAUUGACCAAUAUGCCAUGUCCAGUGUACUCUGCUUGAAUGAUUCUACUAACGACUACACCAGGGAAUGGGGAUUUGAGAAGCUGUUGUUCAAGGACUCGCGUACGAAUAUCUGGCGAGACAGGAAAUAUGCCAUACAAGCAAAGAACGCAUACGCAACAGGGGUGCACAUGUCAGAGAAUGUGAUAGGGGGAACGUUGCACCAGACAGAGUCCAAAAUCAGGUAUUACCACUACCACAACUCCAUCACCAUCAACGGAGAGCUCUGUAGGCAACUCUUGCCCACGACUGCCAAGGACAACACCACCUGGUUCGACAACAUCCCAUACGUUUAUGACGACACUAUGAAGAAAAUCACCCCCACUAUCAAGGAGUUUGAGCGCUCUUUUUCCGUUCUGUGAAAUUUUCUUGUUAUGUAGAUUUCUUCUCUUUCAAGAAAGGGACUUCCUCACCUACACCAAGCAACAGUCUACUGCCUUCCUGAUUGAACCGAACAUUUUACGGCGAAAAAGUCUGUCUGUCUGUGUGGUAUGGUGGUGCUUGAUGAAUCAAUCAGAGUGAAAAUCAAGAGUACUGAGGUUGGUUGGACAGGUGCUAUUCAUUUUUCACAAUACUCCUCUGCCUAGGACAUAAACCACUCACCUCAUCCCAAUUUGGAGCUUUGGCAUAAUUAGUAUGUGGAGCAGUGCUCUGUUAUUACUUCCAUUCGUCCGUAAAGGUAGAUUUUGUGUUAUAAGUUGUGGGUUCAUGAGUUUGUUCCUUCUAUAGCCAUACAUAUUAUCUAUACUAAUAAGGUACUAACGAAUUGUUCGAUUCUUCUCCUUGUAAUUUUUUUUUUUUUUUUUGGGUAUGUAAAUGGACUAUUAUUUCUAUUGAAGAUGUCUUUUUGUGUA